AUGUCUACCCUUGACUACACGGUUGGGUGGGUUUGCGCUCUAUCCAUUGAGCGCGUUGCCGCGCAAGCACUUCUCGAUGAAGUCCACGAGUCUCCAGACGACUUCUCUCCAAACGAUAAUAAUAUCUACGUUCGGGGAAUUAUGGAGAAACACAAAGUGGUGAUUGCCGUAUUACCUAAGGGGGAAUACGGUAUAGCCGCAGCAUCGGCUGUCGCUAGGGAUAUGUUACGUACAUUCUCUAACAUCAGAAUUGGUCUACUUGUCGGAAUUGGCGGCGGCGCUCCAAGCGAAAAAAAUGAUAUUCGCCUCGGAGAUAUCGUGGUCGGUGCACCCAGCAACGGAGAGAGCGGACUUUUCCAAUAUGACUUUGGUAAAACAAUACAAAACCAGGAAUUUGAGACUACUGGGCACUUAGAUAAAGCGCCAACCAUCCUUCGAGUAGCAUUAAGCGACAUUGAAGUUGAAUACGAAAUGAAAGGUCAUCAAUUAAAGGAAAUUAUCUCAGCAACCUUCGAUAGAUGGCCCAGAUUGCGAAAAAAGUAUCAGCAACCGGAUCCAAGCAGUGAUAGAUUAUAUCAAUCGCAUAUUUGUCACCCUCCAAAGGAUGAAAGGAGCUGUAUGGGAGUCUGUGACCCAUCGAAACUGAUUGUGCGGCCCGACCGAGACAAUGACGAUAAUCCAACUAUACAUUACGGCUUGAUUGCUUCGGCCAAUCAACUAAUGAAAAAUGCUUUGAUUCGAGAUAGACUUGCUGCUGAAAAAAAUGUUUUGUGCUUUGAGAUGGAGGCGGCCGGACUAAUAAACCAUUUUCCGUGUCUGGUUAUUCGCGGGAUUUGCGACUACUCUGAUACUCACAAGAAUAAAGAGUGGCAAGGAUACGCAGCAAUGGCGGCAGCGGCAUAUGCGAAAGAUCUUCUCCGCCGAAUUCCUUCUAAAAAGAUCGAGGCUGAAGAGAAGAUUGCGGUGCUUAUUUCUAGUGUGCUCGGUACUCUAUCUAAAACUGAAGCCGAUGUAAAAGUCAUAAAAUCUAGUCUACAGGGGAAGGAAGACCUUGAGAUCCUUAAUUGGCUCACAGACAUCGACUAUGGUCCUCAACAAAGUGACUAUAGAAGUCGAAGACAAGCGGGAACAGGCCAGUGGUUGCUUAACUCGCCAGAGUUCCAAGAGUGGGUGGUCGGUGAUAAGCAAAGUUUAUUCUGUCCCGGCAUUCCCGGGGCUGGGAAAACUAUCAUCGCAUCGAUUGUGGUGGACUACUUGGUCUCGAAAGUUGGUAAUACGAAGGUUGGCCUUGCGUAUAUAUACUACGAUAUGCGUCAAACAAAACUACAAAACGCCAAUCACAUACUGGCGAGCCUCCUAAAACAGUUAGCUGAGACCCAGUCAUCUCUAUUUCCCGGUAUUAAAGAUCUCUACACCCACCACCACCCUAGGCACACACGGCCAUCAUUUGAUGAACUCUCGAAAGUUCUCCGGUCUAUAAUGAACACGUACUCAAAGGUUUUCCUUGUGAUUGACGCUCUCGAUGAAUCGCGAACGUCCGAUGGUUUCCAGAGGCUAAUCCUCACUGAGAUAUUCUAUCUCCGGAACCAACAUAAUGCGAAUAUAUUUAUAACAUCGAGGAAUAUCCCUGAGAUCACUGAAAUGUUCAAAGAGGGCAAAUCACUGGAGAUCCGUGCUCGGGAUGUGGACAUCGAGAAAUAUAUAAAAGGUCGUAUAUCAGAUGAGGGAAAGGAGCCACUGGAAGAACUACGUGAUAGAAUCAUAACGCAAACUUUGGGAAACCUUCCUAAAGGCUUAGAUGCAUAUAUCACCGCCUACGACGAAGCUAUGGAUAGGAUUAUUCACGGGUCUAAGAAUUUGGCGCAAUUGGCGAUAUCCGUCCUUUCAUGGAUUACCUGCGCAAAGCGGCCGCUAGUCACAUCGGAGCUUCAACACGCCCUCGCUAUACAGAUAGAAGACCAUGACCUAGAUGUCGACGACCUCAUACCUAUUAAGGACAUAAUUUCAGUGUGCGCCGGGCUAGUUGUGGUUGAUAAAGAGAGCGAUACUAUUCGGUUGGUUCAUACCACAACGCAGGAGUACUUUGAGCGUACACGACAACGCUGGUUUCCAGAAGCAGAAACUAAUAUCGCGAAAGCUUGCAUCGCAUAUCUACUAUUUUCCGAGUUUGAGAGUGGCAUGUGUUCGUCAGACAAAGUGUUCGAAGCGCGGUUGAUGAAAUACCGAUUUUACGACUAUGCGGCGCGAAAUUGGGGCCACCACACUACAACCACCUCAGCUGAAGAGGUUGAGCGAUUAGCAUCAAAAUUUAUUCGUAACGCACAGAAAGUCUCUGCGGCUAGCCAGGCGGCUACGGCUUCCAGAGGCUCCCAUAACUUUAGUCAGAACGUGCCCCGGCAAGUCACUGGCUUGCACUUGGCCUCAUACUUUGGACUAUGGAAGAUUGUUCGAACUCUUCUUUUAGAAGGAUCUGAGCCGGAUGUGAAAGACACACACGGACGAACUCCACUCGGGUUGGCUGCGGCGAACGGACAUGAUGCGGUCAUAUCACUCCUGUGCGCGAGUCACGCCGUGGAUUUAAAUAGCGCGGACAAAUACGAUAACACACCACUUUCGCUAGCUGCAGCACGUGGCCACCCUGCGGCUGUGGAGGUGCUCCUUCGGGACGACCGAAUUGACCGGGGACGCAAAGAUAUAUACGGCAAUACGGCUUUGGCUUGGGCAGAGGCGAAUAGACACGAUACUGUAGCCGAGCUUUUAUCGGGCCCUAGCAAUAACCCAACUGCAAUCGACACACCGAAAGACCCAUCCUUAUUGUUUCGAGCGGCUAAGGAUGGGAAUGGAGCGGCGAUUCGAAUGAUCGAAGUCAUCCUGCUGAUCCAAAGGAUGCGACUGGGCGGACGCCGCUUUCGUGGGCCGCUAUGGAAGGGCAAACCGAUGUGGUCAAAAUCCUACUAG